AAAAUCAUGGGAAAGAUAAUAUUCUAUGAGGACAGAAACUUCCAUGGUCGUAACUAUGAGACUAGCGGUGAUUGUCCUGAAGUGACCUCAUACCUGAGCCGCUGCUGCUCAUGUAGGGUGGAAAGUGGCUGCUUCAUGGUCUAUGAGCGCACCAACUUCAUGGGUCACCAAAUGCUGGUAAGAAGAGGAGACUAUCCGGAUAACCAACGGAUCAUGGGAGCAAGCAUCAGUGACUGCAUCAGAUCUUGCAGAAUGAUCCCUAUGCAUAAAGGAGCGUUCAGAAUGAGAAUCUUCGAAGGAGAGAACUUUGUCGGACAAAAGUAUGAGCUGAUGGAUGACUGCGAGUCAAUCCAGGAACGUUUUCACAUGGCUGAUUGCCAGUCCUGCAAUGUCACACAUGGCCACUGGCUGCUUUAUGAACAACCCAAUUUUGAAGGCAGAAUGAUAUACAUCAGGCCAGGGGAGUACAGCAGCUUUAAUAAUAUUGGUCUAGGCCCAAUGAAAAUUCAUUCCAUCAGACGCAUCAUGGAAUCCUGUUAGAAGAAAUUACACUUGCUAAGAAAUCCUCAGACCAUUCAUUGUCAGACCUUAUGCUGGUGCAGUGUGCCCAGAGUUCCUCCUGAUGCAUGACAAUGCCCAGCCUCAUAUGGCAAGUGUAUAGGCAGCUUCUGGAUAACAAAGCCAUUGAUGCCACUGACAGGAACUCACAUUCCCCAUAACUGAGUACAAUUGAGAACCUAUUCAAUGUUAUGUAUCGGGGCAUUUGAAGUCAACAUAUGCUGUCUUGGAGCUUGCUUAUGGGUAUGUGACCAUACACACUAAUGACUUACAGUAUAAUAAGUUACCAUAAUGAAUUUAAUGCAAGUAGGAUCAACCUGUAAUUUCAAAUUUUUACUUUAAUUUUGAAUCCAGCCCUCAAUGGUUUGAUGAUUUUGGCUUGUACUGACCAUUGUCAUUUGGUUCUCAACCAAUUACACAAUGUAAAUAAGUAAAUAUUUUAAAUUUCAAUAUUUCAUUCAUUAAA